CCAAACCAAAAUGUGUGUUAGGUUUUGAAGGAAUAAACAUCGAUUCUGCUUUCUCUCUUGUUGGAGACUCGGACGAUGAUAAUUUCUCAUCUUCGUGCUUUCAUCAAAUUCAAAGGUGACUCCUUUCUUCUUCCUUUACAAAACCCUCUUUCUUCUUCCCGAUUCAGUCCUCACGCCACUCUUUUAGCCUCUCUUCUUCACUCCAAUUCCUUUUCAAAUAAUGGGGAUCCUCCUCUGUCUAGGUAUCAAAAACUUACCAACUUGGAUCAUGCCUUUAACCUGUUCGAUGAAAUCAUCCAGAGAAAACCCCUCCCAUCUGUUAUCAAGUUUAAUCAGUUGUUAAAUGCUGUUGCCAAAAUGAACCAUUUUUCUUCUUCUCUCCACCUUUUUAAACAAAUGUGCGUCGUUGGAGUUCCUGUUGAUGCCUACUCUAUGAAUAUUGCCAUCAAGUGUUGUUGUCAGAUGUCUCGCACCAACGACGGCUUUGCACUCCUGGGCUGUUGCUUCAGGCGAGCUCUUGUACCCAAUGUCUUCACAUUUAGUACACUCUUAGAUGGACUCAUUCGUGAAGAUAGGAUUAUUGAAACAGAGAGACUCUUCAAGAAGCUCAUCAAGCACAAACUCUGUGAACCUAAUGUCGUUAUGUAUUCCACUAUGAUCAAAGGGCUUUGCAAGGUUGGAAAUAAUGAUAUUGCCAUUGGCUUGCUAAGGCUCAUGGAUGAAAGAGGCUGUAAGCCUAAUACUGUAGUAUAUAAUACCAUCAUUGAUAGUCUCUGCAAGGACAAACUGAUAGAUGAUGCUUUCAACCUUUUCAAAGAGAUGGUAUUUCACAAAGGCAUUCCACCAAAUGUCAUCACAUACAACUCUUUGAUUCAUGGUCUUUGUAACUUAUGUCGUUGGGAGGAGGUCGCUAAGAUGCUAAAAGAAAUGGAGGAUCUAAGUAUCUCUCCUAGUUUGCGAACCUUUAACAUAUUAGUCGAUGCGUUUUGCAAGGAAGGUAAGGUGAAUGAAGCGGAGGCUGUUAUAGACAUCAUGGUUGAGAGACGUGUGGUUCCUGACAUCGUGACAUACAAUUCACUUGUAGAUGGUUACUGUCUGCGAGGUGAGAUGACCAAGGCAAUGACACUUUUUGAUUCACUUACUUCGAAAGGUCUAGUCCCUAAUGUUGUUACUUACAACAGUUUAUUGAACGGGUAUUGCAAGAGUUUGAAAGUAGAAGAGGCCAUGCAUAUGUUUCAUGAUAUAACAAGAAAAGGUCUGAAACCUGAUAUAGUCACUUACAACACGAUGAUACAGGGAUUGUUUCGGGUUGGAUGUUGUGGAGAUGCACGAAAACUCUUUGAUGAGAUGCGAGCACAAGGCCUUAUUCCAGAUGAAUGCACCUAUAGAAUAAUAUUAGAUGGCCUUUGCAACAACCGUCAAGUUGAAGAGGCGCUCUCUUUGUUUCAUCUGGUUGGUGAUAGCAAGCUAAAUUCUAAUAUCGUGGUGUACACAAUACUUAUUGAAGGUGCAAGCAAAUGUGGGAAGUUUGAUAUUGCAAGUGCUCUUUUCCAUGACCUUACUGUAAAAGGCUUGCAACCUGAUGUUCGCACAUAUGCUGUGAUGAUUAGUGGCUUAUGUAGGGAAGGUUUACUAAAGGAAGCAAAACACUUGUUUUGUAAAAUGGAUGAGAGUGGCUGCCCACCAAAUAGUGUUACUUACAAUGUUUUUCUCCAAGGAUAUCUUAAGCACCAGAAUUGCGAUGAUGUGGAGAUGCUUUUACAGGAAAUGGAUAGAAGAAGUUACUCACUUGAUGCUUCUACUUUAUCAUUGUUAAUACAUCAAAUCGCAGCUGGUUCACUAGACAGAAGUAUGCUUAAAUUGAUAGGUACGCUUGUCCCAAAGAACUGAUGGACACUCUUGCCUAGAUAACAAUCUGGGAGAGAGACUGAAUUAGUUAUUGUCGGUUUGAGCUAUUUGUAGCAUGAGAAAUUAAAAUAGGAAAUUUGUAUCGAGUUCCUACUAGUCUUUACUUGUCUAAUGAGUUUAAUGUUUCAACAUAUUUGUAUUUUCUAUACUAGCAGUCACAUUUCAUCGACUU